CACAAUAGGACAGAGUCAGAUCUGAUGCCUUUUUGGAGAACAAAUGCUAUUUUUUUCUACGAACCGACCCGGUGCUAAACUUCUCGGGUCGCUUGUUUCCGGACGGUGUGGUUUUGCGAACGUACUUGACUUGUUUCGCCCAGCAUCUUAAUAAAAGAAUACCAGAUCAUGGAGUUUGCUGAGCUGAUAAAGACCCCCAGAGUGGACGGGGUGGUCCUGCACCGACCAUUUAUGCCCACCGUGGAGGGAACUCUGUGUUUAACCGGCCACCACCUGAUUCUCUCCUCCAGACAGGACAACACAGAGGAGCUUUGGCUGCUCCAUUCAAACAUAGACUCCAUAGAGAAAAGGUUUGUUGGCUCUGUUGGAAGCAUCAUAGUCAAAUGCAAAGAUCUCAGGGUGAUUCAGCUUGACAUUCCUGGCAUGGAGGAGUGUCUCAACAUUGCCGGCUCUAUUGAGACUCUGUCCACACUUGACUCUGUCUCUCUGAUGUAUCCUUUCUUCUACCGGCCCAUGUUUGAAGUCAUAGAGGAUGGGUGGAAUUCAUGUCUUCCUCAGGAUGCCUUUAAGGAAUUGGAAUCCAUGACAGAUGAGUGGAGACUGAGUAAAGUCAACAAAGACUUCACUGUGUGUCCGUCAUACCCCCCUCUAGUGGCAGUUCCUAAAAACAUCGACGAUGACACAUUGAAGAAGGUUGCCGCUUUCCGCCAUGGCGGGCGUUUCCCAGUGCUAAGCUACUAUCACAAGAAGAACGGCAUGGUGAUGAUGCGGGCGGGGCAGCCCCUCACCGGCACCAAUGGGCGACGCUGCAAAGAAGACGAGAAACUAAUCAAUGCCACUCUGAGGCCAGGAAAGCGGGGAUACAUAAUCGAUACACGCACCAUCAAUGUCGCCCAGCAGGCCAAAGCUCGAGGGGGCGGGUUUGAGUCGGAGGGGAACUACCCACAGUGGAGAAGGAUUCACAAAGCCAUUGAUAGGUACAACGUCCUCCAAGAAAGCCUCAUAAAACUCGUGGAGGCCUGCAAUGAUCAGUCCCAUAGCAUGGACCGCUGGUUAAGCAAACUAGAGGCCUCCAACUGGCAGACUCACAUCAAGGAGAUCCUCACCACUGCAUGCUUGGCUGCUCAGUGCAUCGACAGAGAGGGAGCGUCAGUGCUUGUUCACGGAACAGAAGGGACAGACUCCACCCUGCAAGUGAGCUCUUUGGCUCAGAUCAUCCUAGAUCCGGGGUGUAGGACCAUUAAAGGCUUCCAGGGUUUGGUGGAGCGCGAGUGGCUCCAGGCAGGUCACCCGUUCCAGCAGCGCUGCGCCCAAUCUGCCUACUCCAACAGCAAGCCUCGGCAAGAAGCUCCUGCCUUCCUGCUCUUUUUGGACAGUGUGUGGCAGGUCCUUCGGCAAUUUUCUUGCUCCUUCGAGUUUAAUGAGAGCUUCUUGGUGCUGCUCUUUGAACAUGCCUAUGCCUCUCAAUUUGGUACUUUCCUGGGCAGUUGUGCUGCUGACAGAGCAAGACUGUCACUUCCUGAGAAGACGGUGUCCCUGUGGUCAUGGGUGAAUCGCCCACAGGAGCUGGAGCGUCUGACCAACCCCCUUUACGAGGCUAACAGUCUUGUGAUCUGGCCCUCCGUGGCUCCUCAGAGCCUGCUGCUGUGGGAAGGACUUUUCCUUCGCUGGAACCGCUCGUCCAAGUGUUUGGAUGAGGCUUACGACGAAAUGGUACACAUAAUCGAAUACAACAAGGAGCUUCAGAACAAAGUGAAUAGCCUUCGCCGGCAGCUGGCGCAGCUGGAAACAGAAGAUCCUCUGCUGGACACGCCACAGGGAAACAAAGGUAGCUAGAUGGUUUAAAGAGGGGAAAAAUGUCAAACGUAACUACAGAAAGGUCACAUUGAUUCUGUUAUUUUCAAAUAUUUCAAAAAAUAUAUUUAAAUGCGGUCUUUCUGAUUUUAAAUGAACUUGGUCAUUAAUUGCACAGUGAACAUUUGUGGGGUCAGUUCUUUAAAGUGUACAUUUCUGCUUUGGGCUUCCAACAAGCGUAGCGUGAAACAUUUCAUCUAGCUGUAAUUUUAUGUUGUAAAAUAUGUGGCUUUCAACAUGCAGAAGGAAAAAUCCUAAAUCCUGCUUUGGCUCAUCAGAUGAUUUUAUAUUUGCAAAGCAUGAAACUGAACUCCUAAUUGAUGUCUAUUUACAUACACAGAUUUCUAUUCAUAUUCUGCAUGAGUUUGUUUUAUUAUUUUCCGGGAAACAAUGUGUGUGUUAAUACAGGGUUCACAUUUCUACCAAGCAUGCUGCUAAAUGUAUACUGCAUUAGGGCACUGCAGAGUUUCUAUGGCAACAUGUGUGGUGCUGUAAGGUUUUAUGUGACUCUUCAGCGUGUUCAGAUGAAAUGUGUAGGUUGGGUUAGCACCUUCUGUGCUGUACAACGAUUUCCCACCAAAUUAUUGUGUGUCUGCUAUGUUUAACAGAUUAUUCAUUAAAAUUCUGGUUGGUGAUAUGAAAUUAUACAAGUUAACUACUUAAAGCAUUUAUUUAAAUGUAAAGCAGGAACAUUUUAAUGAUGGAACUAAGGUUCUUGUGGCAAAAAGAGCUCAUUAAAGGUUCAUCUGCUUGAAAGGAAAAUGUUGCUUCAAAGACCUAUCCAUAUUUUGGCAUAUAUAAAUGUGUAAUAACUGCUAAGUAUAUUUGUGGGCAAAAUACACUGUUAAACAUUAGGUACAGAUGCACUUUUCUUCACAACUUUUGUUUAGUGUACAAAGCCAUAUUUAGUCUCAACUAUAUACUGUUUUUAUAUUUUAUUAGUGUCCAACAGUUGUACUGAAAAGAUUGUGGCAAUAUUAAAAUGAGAGUUAAUACAGACAGCACACUCUAUCAUGGAAACAUAGUCAAUUUGAAAAACCUACUUUGAAUGAAAUCAACUGAGGAUUAUGAAAAGUCACAAGACAUUCAUCUUUCGUUUUGCGUCAAAGUAGGUUGACUUCUUGGAAAUCCUGCCUUUGUUACUAAUUUACAGUCAUGUUCCUUCUGUUUCUUUUUCGUGAUUUUUAUAUUUGCCUAGCAACCUUUGAUUUAACCUUUGAUUCUUCCAAAUUAAAUUGCGAAUAAGACAAAGUCAGAUAUAAACCAGUGUUUUGUUUACACGUGGCAAAUAAUUGACCAAACAAAUUGUUUUAAUUUGUGAUUCUGUCCCUCAUAGUCCUCUUUCUCAUUUCAGUAACAUUGCUUUUCAUGCUGGAUUAUCUUAAGGAAUUUAUUACAUUAAGCUAAAUAAAUCAGUGUUAUAGUUGUGACUGGCAGCUGGUUGAGUACCAGAUAAAAUUGAUUCUCCCCUUAAGUUGCUUGAACACUAAUUCAUCCCCUGACUUUCGCAACCAUUUUAUUACUGAACCUCCACCCAAAGCCUUUUUAAGACAUUAUUAUAAAUAGCAGAGGUGGCAAAUUACUUUUUCACCACGCAAGACCAAAUUAGUGCUGAUAUUCUCAUUGUUUAAAAAGCUCCUGAUUGGCUCUCUUUUGCAGAGCAAUGACUUCUUCAAACCCGGCAUAACAUUGCAACCAUUUUCCAGUUACUGCGUGGGUUCUCCUUAUGCUGUCGCAGCAGCUUUGAGCCAUGGGUGCACUGAUCAAACAUGUUAUCAGCCGUUGGAGAUGUUCUUUUUGGCUCUUUUUGUGUGUCAAUAACUAAAUGCAUUAAAUGUUUCUUUGUUUAAAUGUAAUCUACCCAUUAAGGUUUACCUUAUGGGUUAUGUAAUUAUCACACUAAAGUACUCUAAAUUGCAUUUGCAAGAAAUCGGUUUUCAUUCAACUGUGCACUUUGUUACCUUCAGCCAAAAAUCCAGCUUAUUGUUUGCAACAGUGGAAUGGUAGUCUAAGCCAAAUCAGCUGUGUGGUGUUUAAUUGUAUAAAUUUAAGCUUGCAUUCAUGUGUCUGAGUGGUUUUUAUAUCUGUAAAGAAUCAACAAACUCUAAAAAUAAAAAUAAAAAUCAUCAAGCUCUAGACUAAUAAUCGUUUUCUCUGUUCUGCUUGCUGACUUUGUGUAAUGCCUUACUAUAAAAUCAUAGUUCCUCUUAAUGCAUACUGAUGGUCACAUGCUUGUUAAAAAUAUCACUAUUUACAUGUAUUCAGUCUCUUAAGUUUGAAGACAAUAAAAUGUGUAAAGAAAAAAAA